GAUCGUUGGUGGUCUCGUUGCUAUUCAAGUAUCAAUUCACACUCUCCUUAAUAGCGACGACUGGUUCCAAUUUCACGUUCACUGACACAGAGUUCCGAUCACUCGCUUAUGGAGCUCUCCUCGCCAACUAAACAACACUACAACAGAAUCAUCCAACAACGAGACGAGUUCAAAUUUGACAAUCACAUCCCACUCGACCAGAGACCUCGCUAUGACUCUCUUUCUACAAGGGAUACUGGGCGCGGACCCAGCAUGCCUACAGAUCUUUCAACCCAUGGGCAAGCAUUGAUGGAGAAGCAAGAUGGCGGCAGGAAAAUCAUCCUUGGUUCAGUGGCCAUCAUCGUGAUCCUCAUGUUGGGUUUAGCGGGACUGGCUCUGGGUCUGGUGGUGGCUCAUGAGGUCAAAGAGCCCGUGCAAACAUCAAACAAUACUCUUGCAGCCCGAGGGACAGACCUGGACGGCAAUGCUUACUAUGUCGACUUCAAUCCCACAACCCUAGUGACGAUCGCCUCAUGGUCGAGUACCGUUGCGCCUUUGCUGGCAGUGUGCGCCAUGACCCUUGUUUCAUUCCCUAUAGCCAACCAACUGAAGGCGCAUUCUCAAAUGGCGGGCUUCGAUUUGCCAACACCUUACCAAUUCGGGUUGCUUUUGGAAACAAUGACGGGAGGCAUCACACCUUUGUUCGGCUUUUUGGGCUAUCGCAACUGGCCGCACAAGGAGAAAAUGGCGUCCAGCGUGCGCACUGCGCUGGCUCUUCUCACAGUAUUCACGGUGCUUGGAUACACCAUUGCCGCGGUCGAUACGUGGCUACAUCUGGUCAUGGAAGCUGUCAAUAUUGAAUUGGUCGAACCACAAGUCCCGGUCAUGGGACUCGGUCGUGGAUUGCCAAAUGGCCCUUGCUCGGAUGAGUCAGCGGACCAGUUCGAUGCUGGUGACUGUAUCAUCAGCUCAGGCGCAAACGUCUUCUUGGUAGGCGCUAACGAGGCAGCUAGAGUCAUGUCCAACACCUCCAGCACCAAUGCAAUAUAUGACACCUACAUCGAUGGCAGGCACAUGGCGUAUCUUGGUCCGUCAGACAGUCCUGCAGGACUUGACUAUCGGGCGGAAUCCCUUGCCAUGCACACUUCAUGUACACAGAUUGGCCGCCAGUGUGACCUUCAUACCGAAGCAGGCGCAUUAGAGCCUUUUAAUUGUACAGAUUCCUUCUACGGUAAUCUUGCGGUGCCCAGCAUCAAUGGAGAGGAGGCCGAUGGCGUGACUGGUCUCGCUCUGCGCAGUGCUGGAAUCGUCUUUUUCCGCGACGCUGCACUGACAAAACUGGCAAAUGUUUCCUCGAAUUCGGGUGAGGCAACCUUCCUCACACGGCCGAGCAAUCCGCACCACAUCGGAGUCUGGGCGCAUGUUGAACUCCCAGCGAACGAGCAACAGGCCGCCGACGGUAACGUGGUGGUCCCGGAACAUGGUGGAACCAGCUGGCUCCUGAACUGCACUGCCACUGCCUACCUAAUCAGCUACGACUUUGUCAAUGGCAGUAUUCAGCAUGCGACCGCUGACAUUGCGAAUGGGUCCGUGGGAACAAUACUGAACUCAGGCAACUACUAUGGCUUUGGCAAGGUCGCGCUUGAGACAGCUGCGUACUCAGCCUCCCAAUUUAAUGACACGCAACAAAUGGCAGAUUCUUGGGCCAAGGCGUAUUCGAAAGCAGCGUUAGCGCUCUCCGCUGGUGUCAUGACGGGAAGAGCGGACCUUGAAGAACAGCAGCGAAGUACGCGGCUGGUAGCGAGAGUGCCGAAGGCGCCGCUGUUCUCACUCGUGGGGCUCAACUCACUGUAUGCAAUUUUGGGAGUUCUACUGGCAGUGCUAGCGCUGGGUUCUCACCCCAAAGAGACCAAUGAGUUGCGUGAGCGACUGAGUAUCUCCGGCCUAGUGGCAGCGUGUUUCGAGGGCGAAAGCGCAGACAAGGCGGUCAACAAGAAGCGGGAGAUGUUCGCAGAGUACGAAGGCAUAGAUACUGGAAGAGUAGGUAUUGAGGAAAGCGGGAGACAUGGAGGAUAUGUGUUCAGGCUGAGGCAGGGAUUGAAGCAACAGGUGUCCUGAUUUUGUUAUUACUAGAGCAAAAUGCGUGUUGCAGCUUACGACUUAUUGAAGACGUAUAACAAG